AUGAACACCGCUACUCGUCAAGCACGAAAUAAACGUCCAAGGCCGAUAGAUGUUAUUGAGGAUGAGGAAGAAGGCAACAGCACAGGUAAGCUACUGUACAAAAGCCAUAUAUGUUGCUUGGAACGUGUAUUUGUUUACUUGUUUUGUCCUGCAAAAUACGAUGAUGAACUGAUCACAAACAUCAAUGUAGCUAGUUAGCUAGUUGCACUGUUAUUUAUUGUUUUUAUUCUAUGGAGCACCCCAACCUCAGCUUUUCACAGUGCAAUGUACUUGUACAUAAAUCUUGUGAGAAUAAACAUCUUGAAUCUUGAAGCGUUAGCCUUGCUAUCGCUCAGGUUAGUGGAGCAGGGUUCAAAACCAACGGCACUACAUCGUCCAGGGCUUGCAGGGGCCGAAUUAGAAUUAGGCCGAAUUUUCAAGAGGUCCCCCGCUAGAUGAUAAUUUUGAACUAAAUGGGACCCUUGCGGGUGUGUAACUCUGAGAGUAUACAAAAGGAACCAAAUGGACCCGGUAGUGUCCAUUAUUUUUACACUCUAAAUUAAUCAACAAUAACUUUAGCCUCUCAAAAAGGGACAUAUCUUUUCAAAUAUAGCUCUGCAGGCUAAUAUGUGUGAGUUUGGAGGUGUUGACAGGAAAACGUUUAAGAACCACUGGCUUAUACUGAUUGAAACCGAACCAUGUUUAGCCCAGGGACCAACAAAUGUAUAUUUGGGACAAAUGUGCCUUAUCCACAAUGAGUUAAUUGAAAAAGGCUUCAAAGCUCCCCAGACCUAUUUGGAAUGAAUUAUUUUAGCCUUCAUAUAGCAUAAUAGUGGUACAAAAAUAUUUAUAACAAUUAUUUUUAACUUAGAACCAAGCCAUCCAGCUUUCCAGUGAAUCAUGACCAUGAAACCUUUGAUUCCAUGAAAAGAAAAAAAGAAACGCUAAACAAAGGAUAUUUAUGAAAUGAAGUAUAUCAAAUAAUUAAAUAUUCAAAUAUUUCUUUUCACAGAACCAAAGGUUUCAUGGUCAUGAUUGACUGGAAUCCUGGAUGGCUUGGUUCUAGGUUUAAAAUAAUUGUUAUAAAUACUUUCGUAAAAGCCUAUGGUGAAAAUGAAUGGGGCUUAUUUUAGUGGAACCAGUAAACCCUGCCCACUAUUAUGCUCUAUUAGAGUCUCUGUGCCACACACCAGUAUGGUGGCAAAUAUGGUUUACAGCACUGUUUCCUAGACAGUGGGUCGGGACCCAUUGGUGGGUCAGACAUUUGUGGUGAUCAUGUUCUUUUCCAACAUUUAUCAAUCUAUAUCUUUCCAGAUUUGACGAAAAUAAUACAUUUAAAAAACAAACAAAUCUUAAAAAAGAAAAAACGCAAAUAUUAAAUAUGUAUUAAGAAACAGUGAAAAUAGCCAAUCUACAAGCUCUCAACAUGGUGUGUACUGAUUGAUGUGAAGGGUUAUGUCACAUUAGGUCCAAUUGAAACAUUCAACUUGUGCUUAUGCCAUUACUCAGUGUUAUAGCUGGCAAACACAACAUUAGUAACAAGCACUUUUGGUUAACUAAUCACCAUUUGUCAUCUCUGUUUCAGGAAACCCUGUGUCCCAGUCGCCCACUGCUGAGCUGGCAGCAAAGAGGAUGCGCACACAGCUAGAGAAGGCCAAGAAUAAUGAAGCUUCUCAAGCUAAAGUGAUUGAGAAGUUAACGAAAGAGAAGGAAGACCUUCUGGCUGAAGUGGCCAAAUGUAAGUACUCCACUUGUAUUCAAUUACAUUAGACAGGACAACUAUCCACUCGUCCUUGACUCUUUGCCCUGUUACCCCCCAAACUGUGGAACAAACUCCCAGUUGCACUUAGAACUACAGACUCAAUGGUUAGUUAAUUUUGCAAACUUCAAAUAGGCUAUUUGCAGUUCUGUUCUACUGUAGCCUAGAGUUAUUAGUUUUAAGAACCUUGUUAACCAGUAAAAUCACUCUCAGCCCCACUGCUCCUUUUUGUAGUUUGUGAUGUGAUAUAGGCCUUGCUACAUGCUCAGUGUUUGUGCUGUUGUAUUCCCUAAGAUGCCCCUCUCUAUUGUGUCUAAUGCGUUAUUUGUCUUUGUAUCUAUUGUUUUGCUUUCUUAGAUAAGAAAAAAAGUACCAAGGCAAAUGAAGAAGAGUAUGCAUCCAGUGACUCCCAGAUUUCCACAACCUCCACAUCUUCCUCUUUGUCAUCCUCCUACUCUUCAACCUCAGAGGAGGAGAGAAAGAAGAAAGGGAAGAAGAUGAGGAAGAAAGGGAAGACACAGAAACGGCCAAAAAGGAAGAAGGCAAAGUCCAGUAAGGAAAAAGGAAGACGCAGAGGUAACUGUGCUUUGCAAACAUGACCUUUUUGGUGACCACAACACACACACACCUGCGCUCUUUCCUAAUAACUUGUACUUUUGCUUUAUGGUGUCAACUUAUUUUUGAAUAUAAGAUCUUUCAGGCUUUUGUUAGUUUAAAGGGUACAACCGUAUUACGUAUUUUGGUGUCAAAACGCCUGUUGUAUCAAGAAAAACUACAGAAAUGACAGCAGAGAUCUACAGCUACAAUCGUAGGUCUGCUAUAUCAAAUUUCAUUGAUAUCACGAUUCAUCACGAUUUUUCUCUUUGUAUUUUUCAUUUCAGCAAUGAAUCCUCAGCAGGUGGUUGAGAGGUACAAGAAGGUGCUGGGUCACUUCCAGAAGGGCAAAAAUCUAUCUGAGAGCUACAAUGCUGUGGACGUCAACAAAAACACCAUUACAACCAGCGCCUCCAUUCCAGAGCUCGCCAUAUCCGCACCGGAUAAAUAUGCUGACGUUCUGCAGGGCUAUUCUAGGUCGCAGAAGCUGAAUGUAUUUGUGCAGGAAUGUUCAAAGGUCCUCAGUGAGGACCCCGAGUGAUGGCUAAGGUAGAUAAGCUUAAGGAUGAAGGGAAACUACUCCCGAUCUCAAAGAGAACAUAAUCUCCCUUUUUUUUUUCUUUUUCGGAUCACAGUUUUAAGGGCAAGGUCACACCACACUUUUAUUCUUCCUAGCACUCCAUUUACCUCUUUAAAUACAUUGGCAGAAUCUGUCCUUAUAGGUGGAAUAAAAGAGUGGUGUGACCAUACCUGAAGUAGGUUACCUCCAGUCCAGAUAUUUAAAUUGUUUUAAAGGGUGUGUUGGCUACUUAAAAAAUGGAGGUCCCUCACACUGUCUUCACUCACAGGAGGAGGUUAUUAGGCAUCAGAUAAAUAUUAUAGUAGCUUAAUGAACUACUCCUGUGAGUGAAAAUGGUGUGCAGUAUUUCCUUUAUUAUUAUUAUUUUAUUUCUACUGCACCGAUUUCCUGUCCUGGUGCUGAAAAGGACUUUAUAUUGCACUAAUUGCCCGUUCUCUACAAAGGACGUUGUUCAAAGUGUGUACAUUAUUAUUUUUCUUCUAUUGCACUGAUUUCCUGUCCUGGUGCUGAAAAGGACCCUCCUAUAUUGCACUGAUUGCCUGUACUCUAAGUGUUUACAUUUUAUAGGAAAAUGCUCCGUUCAACUGUCAGGGUAAAUGUUUUAUAAAUUUAUAUUGGAAUUAAAUGUUAAAUGCUGUUCUCUACACCGUUACG